AUGGAGUCUAAAGAUAUUCUAAAUCGACUUCAUGGUUCUAAAGUGUUUUCGAAAGUUGACUUAAAAGAUGCUUAUCUUCAAAUCCCUUUAGAUCAAUCUUCAUCUAUUUUGACAACAAUUAAUAUUCCUUUCGCUUUGUUCAAAUACAACUUCCUUCCAUUUGACCUUAGUUGUUCUCCAGCUAUAUUUCAGGAAGUUAUGAGUAUGGUACUUAAUGAUCUUGAAGGUGUUGAAGUUCAUCAAGAUGAUUUCAUCGUUCAUGGUACUGAUAAGAUAGUUCAUGAACUGAGACUUAUUGCUUUAUUGCGUUGUUUAAUUGAGCAGAACAUUGCGGUGAAUCCAAAUAAGUGUUCAUUUUGUGCAUCCAGUUUCGAAUGCCUUGGAUACCUAGUUGAUGGUAAUGGUUUUAGACCAGAUAUGAAAAGACUAGCUCCGUUGUGUGUUUCACGCAAACUUACUGUUAACAAACAAGGUUAUUCACAAACUCAGAGAGAAGCAUUAGCUGUAUUUCAGGCUGGUAAAAGACUUCAUAAAUAUUUAUUUGGAAAGAAAUUCACUAUUGUUACUAAUCACAAAGCUCUGAAGUUCAUUUAUCAUCCUGAAAAAUUCUUAGCACGUUCCUCAGUUGUUAUGGUUCAAUGA